AUGCCUAAGGAUAGCCAAGGUCCCUUGAGCGCCUGUGUCCAACUUCGCUUUGAUGGACAUCGGCUCUCCACGGCCGUCAGGGAGAAUGAUCUAAACCUGGUGUGGAAUGAGCGUUUUUACUUCGACGUGUCUGAUCCAUCAACUCUUGACGAGCUUAGUCUUGAAGCAUAUGUCUACCACGUCGAAAAAUCCACAGAAGGUGGUGACGGAUCCUCCUCCUUCUUUGGCAGGGUCCAAAUUGCUUGUUCCACAAUCGCGGACCUCUCUGAUAUUGUAAUAUCACAAUAUUACAAGUUGGAGAUGCGCUCGCUGCAGAAGCAUUCACUUAUCCGGUGUGUCAGUGGGAAGUUGGGUUUGAAAUUAUACCUCGCAACCAGUGAUUCCUCUGUCAAAGCUUUGGAACCUCCUCCACAUCAGCUGAUGGAUAAUGUGAUAUGCUCCUUCUCAGCACCACUGUUGUUGGAGGAUCAGAGUCCAACACCGCAUGAUAUACCAUUACAAUAUUUGAAAGAAAUCACAAACAACUUCUCUGAUGAGCGAAUCCUUGGUCAAGGUGGUUACGGUGUGGUAUACAAGGGGGUGCAACGAAAUGGGGAAGCAAUUGCUGUCAAGAAGAUCGUGUCUUUCUUAAUGUCAAGCCAGAAACAAUUUGAAAAUGAGGUCUAUCAUCUUAUGAUGCUUAAGCACCGCAAUAUAGUGCGAUUUGUAGGCUACUGCUACGAAACAAAAAAUGAGUGUUUAGAGUACAAGGGGAAAUAUGUUUUUGCUGAGAUGGUGGAAAAGUUAAUUUGCUUGGAGUAUAUGCCCAACGGAAGCCUUGAUAAGUAUAUAUCGGAUAAGUCUUCUGGACUUAAUUGGAGCACACGCUAUAAAAUAAUCGAGGGGAUCUGCUAUGGUUUACACCAUCUUCAUACAGAAAUUGAUAAGCCUAUUAUUCACCUGGACCUAAAACCUUCAAACAUAUUGCUCGAUGAUGGUAUGGUGCCGAAAAUCACAGACUUUGGUCUGUCAAGACUGUUUGGUCAACAAACUAUUUGCACCUCAUCUCGUGAUGGGACAUUUGGUUACAUGGCACCGGAAUUUUUGCACGGAGGUACAAUGACACCAAAAUCAGAUAUAUUCAGUUUGGGUGUACUGAUCUUGGAGGUCAUAACAGGACAUAGGGACUACCCCGACGUUACUAGAACACCUUCAGAUGACUUUAUCGAGCUUACGGUUGAGAAAUGGAGAAAUGUGUUGCAGAGAUCACGGGGGUAUGGAUCCCUAGAAACAUGUUGCAAGCAAAUAAAGAAAUGCCUCCAGGUAGGUUUAUUAUGCGUGAAUCCUGACCGCGCCAAGAGGCCGCCAAUAACGAACAUUAUCAGUGUGCUCCAAGAAUCUGAAAGAGUAUCGGCUGUGACAUUAGCAACAAGGCUGCGUUAUUGGUGGACCAGCAAUAUGGGUAAGCCAUCGCACCUCAAGGAUACACGCUAG